AUGGCUCACAAAUUCUGUUUUGAAGCACUUGAUCGAAGUCUAAGAGAUGCUAUUAAGGUGAAAUCAAGUUCUGAUAAAAUCUUUGGUGGCAAAGUUAUGCUAUUUGGUGGAGAUUUCCGGCAGAUUCUGCCAGUCAUUCCUAGAGGUAGCCGCUCUGAUAUUGUUAAUUCAAAUAUUAAUUCAACUUGUCUAUGGAAUCAUUGCCAUGUUUUGGCACUGUCGAAAAACAUGCGUUUAGAAGCCAAUACAGAUGCAAUAGACAAAGAAGAAACUGCAGCUUUUGCAAAGUGGAUCCUUAAUAUUGGCGAUGGAAUUGCUGGCCAGCAAAAUGAUGGCUAUGGUUCAAUUGAAAUUCCAAAAGAUCUGAUAAUCACAGAAUAUGAUGACCCACUCUACGCAAUAGUUAAUUCUAUAUUUCCAAAUUUAUCUCACCAUCAUACCAAUCCUGAAUACUUUCAAAUCAGAGCCAUAUUAGCUUCCACAAAUGAAACCAUACAAGAAGUUAAUGAUUAUAUACUAUCAUUGAUACCAGCCCUCUUCGCUGUUCUUCCAUUUGAUCAACCCGACGAUGCACGUGGACAACUCUUCUUACGACUCGAAGUUCCUUUGAAUCAGGGAGUUCGUGAAGAGCAAGGCUUUCUCCACGGUCCUUACAGCUAG